CGGCGCCGGAGGCGGAUGGCGGGAAGGCCCGGCGGCGGGGGGCUCCACGGCGGCGAGGACGACGCCGAGGAGGGCGGGGAGGAGGCGAUGGGGUCGAGCGCGCUGGAGGCGGCGCUGGCCCUGCUGGAGGACAGCUGCCAUCUGCUCAAGGGCCGCGGCGGGCCGGACUGUGAGGAGGAGGAGGAGGAGGAGGAGCGGGAGGGCGGGGGAAGGUCCCGGCCGCAGCCCCCCGAGCUGCCCCUCGUCUUCCUCUGCGCCCGCUGCAAGCGGCCCGUCGGAGACUCCCUGGCCUGGGUGGCCAGCGACGAGGAGGGCAGCGCCGUCCUCCUCCGCUGUGUCUCCCCAAAUGUGUCUGUGGAUAAGGAGCAGAAGCUCUCUAGUCGUGCAAACGAAUACGGUUGCUUGAUCGAGACUCUCUUUUGCGCCGGCUGCUCCCUGAACCUCGGCAGCAUCUUCAGGUGCACGCCCCGACACCUCGACUUCAAGCGCGACUUAUUCUGCUUGAGCGUCGAUGCCAUUGAGAGUUACGUUUUGGGUUCCUCGGAGAAGCCGGCGGUGCCCGAGUCGGACGGGCCUCUGUUGACUCUGCAGAGCCGGGCUGUAUUGGAAGAAGCUCUGGAACGGGCGGCCGUGGUCCUGAAGGAGAUGGGGAUGAGGCUGUCCGUGGUGGAGUCCAAACUUGCUUCUUUAUAACCAGCGGAGAGGACACCCUCCCUCUCCUCCAUGCCCCGCGCCCUCCCGGGGACCGUCGGGCAGGGGGGUGGCAUCCUCUCCGCCGGCGGCGCCGCCCGACCCCCCGACUCCCUGCUCGGGCCGCCGGAUCUGAGCCCCGAGCAGCGGCGUGGGGCCGGAAGGGACACUUCUGGAGACGGGGGCUGCCGGGUCAGAUGUGAGCCUUGUUUUUCGUCCAGUUAUGUCGGGAGAGACUUCCCUAUCUUCUGAGCUCUUCGUUCGACCAGCUUCAGCCACCCCCCGGAAAGAGCUGAAAAUGUGGAGAAGUUUAGGAUGUUGAGGGUAGUUUGUCCCCUCUAGGGAAUUUUCUGCAACUGUUACUUUGUUCCCCUGGUGCCGUGGCUGGUCUCUCUUGGGGCCUGUUUGCCCCAGAGCCCCGAGCGUCGGGAGGAGGGGGCUGAGAGGGGAGCGCCCAGGGCCCGGGGGGCCGGGAGGCGAGCACUGGGGGUCACCGGGACCAAAACAUUUGCCUCCGUCUCCCCCGGCCCCCGUUCUUUCUGGUGCCGUACCAGGAUCACUGGCGUUUCAGUCGGCGGGGAGAUGGGGGGAGGCCUUUGUUUUGUUUUGUUUUUUCCCCCUUACUAGCUGUUUUCAUAAAGAAUAUUAAAGCCAACAAUUUCUGGAAAGAA